UGUUUACAUAAAAUGCUGAUUAGUCUUAUGCAAAUAUAUUCUCCAAAACUCCUCAGUGGGUCUUGAAUGUACAACACCAGAAAUCUGAAGCCUCCUUAAGUAUAUUUAAAGGCUUUGAAUGUCAACAAACAUUUCAAAGGCUCUUGUUUCACUAUGUAGUGAGUCCCUGCUGCUUCCUUGUGCAUACUGGAAAGCCCAUAUAAGGCAGAAGAUCUGUGCUGGCCCUUGAGAUCUGCAUCCCGUGAUAGACACACCGGAGUGGAGUGCAACAUGUGGUUUAUAAUGAAACCUCUCAUCUGUUUGGGAAGAAGGGAGAGGAGCAAGUCCUAUCCUGAAGCAGGAUUCUGGGUGCAGGAAGAGGAGCUGUGUGUGGUGAUAGUUGGGGCGAGGUGUGAAGAAACACUGUGAAAAAGUUGAAUUUCCACAACACCACAACUCUCAUUUCCACGGAUGAAUUCGCUCAUGGAAGAGCAGGAAUAACCUGAGCUCGAGUAUCAGUUACCGGGUCCCGACCAAUCCCCGCGCGCUGUCUGAGCUCGAGAGGAGACAGCAGCGGAGAGAGAGGGGAGAGAAAGAGAGAGCAGCACACACCCAACCAUCUAUAUAUCCAGCGUCUAUCCUCCUUCGUCCCCUUUCCCAGCACACAGGCAGCUCCAUCUCACCUCUUUUCCUCCCCUCACCCGCCAGGUCCUCCUGACUGCAGCUGUUUGGGUCAACCGGAGAGGCGCGAGGCAGGAUGCGCGAUGGGACAAGCGUGCGGACACGCGCUCCUCUGCCGUAGCCAACCGCCGUCCUCCGAGAUAGUGAGCCUGCUCUCCCCUGUGAAGAGAAAAGGGCGGCAGUGGUGGACCUUCCAAUUCUAGUGUUCUCUGGUGGAGAUGACAUGACUGCGCUCGAGAGGAAGAAAGGAAAGGACCUACGCGGUCAGCAAGUGUUUCUGCGUCCUGAGGACAGUUCAGCUCCAGCCCUGACUACCAGACAGUCCACCACGUUGUCCGAACAACUCCAGGAUGCUUUGCUGCGGCUGGCGGCUGUUGUUGACGCGCGCUCGCUGCGAGUGGCCCUUCGAGACAGCAUACAGGAGCUGCUACCCAGCACGGAGUGUGUAUGUGUCUACAUGCUGGAGGGAGACUCGAGGCUGCUAUCUGACAACCCGCCACAUGAACUCCCACAGGAGGGAAAGAUCAGGAGUAUCGCGGAGCAGCUGAAGCGAUGUCAGAGUGCCGGCCUCCCUCUGUCCGAACUGCCGGAAAAAUACAGAAUCUGCCUCGCAGCACCGUUACCAGCACACAGAAGAGCUGUUGUCAUUCCUAUCUUGGACCAGGAGCGAGACAAGGCCAUCGCUGUCUUACUGGUGGGCUGUAAUCCGCUAUCUGAUCAGGAUGAACUGCAUCUUAAUAUGCUGGAAAAACACGCCUCAGUGGCGUGUGUGCGUGUCCAGGCUGUUCAGACGUCCUACCAGAGGCCUCCUCUCAGCCCCUCUCCCGUACAGUCCCACAAUGCAUUGCUGCACCUCAAUGUCUCGGACCAGGACUACUCCGAACUGGACCGCAACAUCCUGCAACUCUGCGGUGAGCUCUUUGACCUUGAUGCAGCCUCUCUCCAGCUCAAAGUCAUAAAUUAUCUGCAACAGCAGACUCACUCGCAGUGCUGUUGUUUGCUGCUGGUGUCCGAGGACAACCACCAGCUUUUCUGCCAGGUAGUUGGAGACAAAGUACUGGAGGAGGAGAUCAGCUUCCCGCUGAUGUUUGGACGCUUUGGUCAGGUUGUUGAGAAGAAGAAGUCAAUUACUCUUCAGGACAUCAGUGCUGAGGAGCGGAGGCAGCUGUCCAGUAUGUUGGGCUGUGAGAUCUCUUCCAUGCUUUGUGUACCAGUGGUCAGCAGGGCCACUGGUCAGGUUGUGGCGCUAGCAUGCGCCUUCAACAAGCAGGGUGGGCAGAGACACACAGAGGCAGAUGAGCAUGCAAUCCAGCACUGUUUCUGCUACACUUCAACGGUCCUCACUUCUACAUUGGCCUUCCAGAAAGAACAGAAACUCAAAGUGGAGUGCCAGGCGCUCUUGCAAGUGGCCAAGAAUCUCUUCACACACUUGGAUGACGUGUCAGUGCUGUUACAGGAAAUUAUAGUGGAGGCCAGGAACCUCAGUGAUGCAGAGAUCUGUUCCGUGUUUCUGCUAGAUCGUGUCAGUCAUGAGUUGGUGGCAAAGGUGUUUGACGGGGGCGUGGUUAGUGACGAGGAGAAGGAGUUCCGUAUUCCAGCAGAUCAGGGUAUUGCAGGUCACGUGGCGACCACUGGUCAGAUCUUGAACAUUAAGGAUGCCUACUCCCAUCCUCUCUUCUACCGGGGCGUGGACGACAGCACCGGCUUCAGGACUCGCAACAUCCUCUGCUUCCCCAUCAAAGAUGAGAACAAUGAGGUGAUCGGGGUGGCUGAGUUGGUGAAUAAAAUGAAUGGGCCAUGGUUCAACCGCUUUGACGAGGACCUAGCCACAGCUUUCUCCAUCUACUGUGGUAUCAGCAUCGCCCAUUCUCUGCUCUACAAGAAAGUCCAUGAAGCUCAGUUCAGGUCCCACCUGGCCAAUGAAAUGAUGAUGUACCAUAUGAAGGUUUCAGAGGAAGAGGUGUCUAAGCUGCUGGUGACAGGGAUCGAACCAGUGACGGAGAUCGACCCCUGCUACGCUGAGUUCACAUACACGCCCCGUUCCCUGUCUGAUGACGCCACACCCAUGUGCAUCCUCAGCAUGUUUGAAGACAUGGGUUUCAUCAACACGUACAAGAUUGACCUGCACACUCUCGCCAGGUUCUGUCUGAUGGUGAAGAAAGGCUACAGGGACCCUCCCUACCACAACUGGAUGCACGCCUUCUCGGUCUCACACUUCUGCUACUUGCUCUACAAAAACCUAGGGCUGUCCAACUACCUCGAGGAUAUAGAGAUUCUAGCUCUCUUCGUCUCCUGUAUGUGCCAUGACCUGGACCACCGUGGCACCAACAAUUCUUUCCAAGUCGCCUCACAAUCUGUGCUGGCUGCUCUCUACAGCUCAGAGGGAUCUGUGAUGGAGAGACAUCACUUCGCCCAGGCCAUCGCCAUUCUGAACACUUUUGGCUGCAACAUCUUUGAGAAGUUCUCCAGGAAGGACUACCAGCGUGUUCUGGAUUUGAUUAGAGACAUCAUUCUGGCUACAGACCUGGCUCACCACCUUCGCAUUUUCAAGGACUUGCAGAAAAUGGCUGAUGACGGAUACAACCCAAAAAGCCGUACCCACCGCUCCAUGCUGCUGUGCCUGUUGAUGACAUCAUGUGACCUGUCAGAUCAAACCAAGGGCUGGAAAACCACACGCAAGAUUGCUGAGCUGAUUUAUAAAGAGUUCUUCUCUCAAGGAGAUCUGGAAAAAGCCAUGGGGAACAGGCCCAGUGAGAUGAUGGACAGAGAGAAAGCGUACAUCCCAGAACUACAGAUAAGCUUCAUGGAACAUAUCGCCAUGCCCAUUUACAAGCUACUAUCUGAACUCUUUCCUGGGGCCACUGAGCUGUACGAGAGAGUGGCAGCAAAUCGGGAGCAGUGGACCAAAGUGUCCCACAAGUUCACCAUCCGUGGGUUGCCUAGCAACAACAGCCUAGACUUCCUGGACCAGGAAUAUGAGCUGCUGCAGUCCCAGGGUGCUUUUGGGAGCGACGACCACUGCCUCAAUGGUUGCCUUGAUGAUGCAGAAGGAGGGGGGGGUCAGUGACAACAGCGGGGUUGGCUGACGGUUUCAUGAAGUUUUCUGUGGUCCAAUAAGAGGCUGAGGAUACCUUUUUCGCGACCUAAGAGGGAGGGAUCCCUCUGCUGUCAAUCACUUAGAUGCUUAGUAGGCCAUGCUGAAUGGACAGGAUAAGUGAUUUGAAAUGAGUGGAUCCAUCUGAGCCGGUUCAGUGAUGAGAUGCUACAUGUGGCUUGUGUCUCCAGUUCAGGAAAGCAGAAGGUGGUGACUUUAUCUUUUUCAGCAGCUAUACUGGAAAAAUAAGUCUUGACCACAAGUCACAAGUUCAUUCAAAGAGUACUGAUCCUGAUUACGAUUGUAAAAACACACACACAUACACAAUGACACACUUAUGUACAUGCACAUACUGUUUAUACACACAACAGAGAAAAAAAAAUCAUUCUUAUGGAAAAAGACUACUUCAACAUGUAACAGUGAAAUAAAGUGCUAAACUUUCUGUAAAAUGUUCCAUAAUAGCUUGUAUUGAUUUCAGUGGCUCAGCUUUGUUUUCACACAAGCAGCUGCCAAUCCUUCACCUGAUGCUUAUGAAUGCAUGCUGUAUGGACACCUCAUGUAUUAUUCCUUUUUAUCUUUGUCAGUUUUGAUUUCUCCAUGGCUAAGAAAUGAAUGCAGUCCAUUUUUAUACCACCAGAACAGAUUUUUGUAUUCUGCUCUUCAAAGUAUAUUUAAUUAAUUCAUUGCCAUGAAGUUGUAUUGCGGAAGUUUGUUUACUUACACAGCAUUAUAGGCCUCAUGUGCAUUGACUCACUUUGCCUCAUUUUUGGGAGGUUUAAGGGACAGUUUGACAAUCAAUGACAGAGUCACAGAUCCCAGGCCACAACAUCCCAUCCCAUGCAUAAAACAUUGAAAACACACACCCUGUGCAUUUUAACUGCAUGUCACUGCAUCAAGCCUGCAUCUACAGCUCAAACAAAAGCCAAUCAUGACCUAAAACACACCCUCGCUUUAUUUUUCUCAGCCAUCCUUCCCAUUCCCUUGCACCUUUCUCACCUCCCUUUACUUUUUAGUGUACUGAUCUCAUCAUAAACUACUUUAUACAGAGAGCAACCGAAGCCCUUUAAAAGAUCCAUCUCAUCUUUUAGUGUAAAUGUGCCAGAGUAGAGCGUGUUAUAUGGACUGUGUCAUAUGGAUCUGCCUUAUUGCGCAUCUUUGCUGCCUUUCUUAGAGCUUUUAAUAUAUACAAAUUGAAAUAAAGAGUCUGUUUAGUAUGUAUGUUGUAUAUUUGUUAUAGACAUAGUGUGAGUAUCUGUGUUGACUGAAUGAUCACCAUGCUCAGAAGAUGUAUAUUUGUGAAAUACCCAUGUGAAGACCUCAGAUGUCAUUUCAUUUAACUUCUUUGUAUUUUAAGUUAUGUACACAACCACCGGUGGUUAUUAGGCAGACACAUUUUCUUCAGUUCUCAAUGCAAAAAUAGUUUUAAAGAAGGAACUAAAGAUGUAGCCAUCGUAGAAACGAUUCUUUCCUGAAAGCAUCGACAGUUCACUUUUGCUGAAUCCCAAAGUAAAUGUUUGGAAACUUGGAGUUAAGUUUUCAGACUGUCCCUCAUGUUAAAAAACAUUUGGAGCCGUGGGGUUUUGUGUUACAAUAACAUGCCAUAUGUUACACGAAGAGAAACUUCUGUAACGGACACCACUGUACUGUAUGUAGGCUGUGUGUGGAAGGGUGAGAGUGAGUGAGCCAAUGAUUGGAUGGACAAGAGGGUGCUGAUAUGAGAGAGAAAUAAUGAGAGAGAAAGGAGUGGAGGUAGUUGGUUUAAGAUCAAAGGAGAAAUGUUCGGUAUACCCAGUGAUCUGCUAGAAUUUCUUCAAUUAUAUCCCCUUUUAUACAGCCCUGAUCAUGCCAGUGAGGGUAGAUGAAAGCAAAAAAUAUUGCUAUCAUAGGAUUUAAAUAGAAUUUGUUUUCUUGGAAAGGGUCUCAUGAGGGUGCAUUUGGGAGGAAGGUUAAUUGGUUAGCAAAGUGGUUUGAUAUAUGUGUUAUACCUUCAUUGGGAUAUACAUUAGCAUGAUUGGAUGAAAUUGGUUGAUCUGCCUUGGUCUGCUUCAUGGACUGAAUAUUUUUUAUGAGAAGUUUCUUAAAGGGCAUACAGGUGUGUUUGUAGAAGAGCCACUCUCAAUCUUUCUCAAGCUCUUUCUCUCACACCUGGGUUUUCCCAUUUCUAUUAUUUUUAAAACACUGUUUCAAUUCCUACGUACCUGCCUUUUUCAUGUGCAAUAUGAAGUGUCUGCCUCUGUGACGUUGCAUAGAUUCCUAUGUAAAUACGUAUGCCUCUUGUUAAAUUAUUUCUUAAGUUCUGGGUUCCCAAAGGCAUUUAAGUGUUGGAUUGUGAUAUUUCCAUUGGGAAAAAAAUGUAAUCCUAAAAUGGUUUUGAGAGUCCAGACCUAUAGGACAGUUUUCUAUACUAAGUGUGUAUCUGUCCCUUUAUGUUCGUUUUAGAGAUUCAGGACUAAAUGUGCCAAGCAAACACUGUCUACUUCCUGGCCAAGCUGCAAAGAGAAAAACAGGCAUACCUUCAAUUAUUCUUUUGUUCUCUAAUUUUGGAGUGAAGUCACUGGCUGUGUUCACAUAAAACCUUUCUGAUGCAUCAUGACCAGGUCUGAAAUUGCGGCUCAUCCAGGAAGUAUGAACCCAAUCUAUUUCCCGUCAUCACAGAACAGCAGGACUGUGAUGUAAUGUCAUUGUAAUGAUCACCUGUGACAUAAUUGUUAAAAGUGGCAAAAAUAUAAUUACUGUAAAUAUCAAAGUUUUAAAAGAAGAUGUUAUUUGAUUGUCUGUCAUUAUUACAAUGGGAAGUAUUUAAAUUCUGUAAUGUAUUUAAAGUGGUUGCAUCCUGUUUUUCAUGUCAUUUUUGAACAACCCCAUGGUUAGACGUUUAGGCAGAAUGGAUGAAAGAUAACUAUAUGUGUAUUUAGGAUAUACAUAUGAUAUUCUACCACUAAUAAGGACCCAAACUAAUCUGAAAUGUAUACAUGAUGUUAAUACUGAGGACUAAAUCCAGCCAUCUGUUAAUUUUUUGUUUUGUUGAGUUCUGAGUGCUGGUGGUCGUGUUCUUCUUCAGAUGUAGUGAACGAGGACAUUUUCGACAAGAAGACAAAUGGAUGAAAUAUGGAUUUUUUUGUCUUUCUUGGAAUAAAUCUGGUGAAAGGC